ACGCAUACAACGCAAUCAUCGCGUAAAUUACACAAUAAAAUAAAACAAAAUAACUUAAAAGCUCAAAAGUGCUAUAUAAAUCGUAAGAGAGGUAGGAAUGGAAUGGUAGUGGAAAUCACAACAACAAUAACACUGAAAAAACAAAAGCAUCAUAUAGUAACAAAAAAGAAAUAUGAAGUCAUGGAGGAUUAAUCUAAUGGCGACAGCAAUAGCUUUGAUAAUGUUGGCUACGGUGGUGGCUGCUGGAGAUGAUAAGGCAAAAGAUAAGGAUGAAUGUACUGAGCAGCUGGUGGGUAUGGCCACGUGUCUUCCUUACGUGCAAGGACAGGCAAAAUCUCCGACGCCGGACUGUUGCUCCGGCCUCAAACAAGUUCUUAAUUCCAACAAGAAGUGUCUUUGUGUCAUCAUCCAAGACAGGAACGAUCCUGAUUUGGGUCUUCAGGUCAACGUCUCUCUCGCUCUCGCUCUUCCUUCUGUUUGCCACGCCACUGCUGACAUAACUAAGUGCCCUGCUUUGCUCCACUUGGACCCCAAUUCUCCAGAUGCCCAAGUGUUCUACCAACUAGCUAAAGGUUCAAAUAAAACCGUCUCAGCCUCUGCUCCCACUGGCUCGGCCCCUGGACCCACUAGCAUGCCUCCGACCGCAGGAUCCGAUGAUGGUAAAAACAGUGGUCGAACGACCUCUGUGCCAGGCUCGAACCACGCUCAAAGCUUCCAUAAACAAUGGCUAGGGAUCGAAGUUGUUGCCCAUUUCUUCGUAGUUUGUUAUAUUUUCCUCCUCGUAUAGAUAACAAUAAAGUAACGAAAAGUGACAAAGUAUGUAACGUUGCUUUUGCGCAAUCGGAGAGUGACGCUGGUUUUUGCCGUAACUGUGUUUGAUUGAUGUAUUUAGUUCUGCUUCGUGAGACCUCUUUCUUUCUAUUUUUGUGUGGCGCAAAAUAAGAACGUACGAACUACAGUUUUUCUAUGUCUCGUUUAAUGCUUUUUUA